CAGAAAGCGAGCGAGGCACAUGCAAUUUGCCGCCUCGCUAAGCUAGGUUUGGUGGGUAACCUCGUGUGAGAGCCAUCCAAUUUUAGGGAUAACUGGAUUGGCUAAUUAAGGUAGGGAAAGCAUGCAAGCUUAAGAGACUCUCUCAUGCAACCACAAGAGACUCUCUCAGGCGAUAAACAAACGACGAAAGAAACAAACAAACAUGGAGCGCGGCGCCAUGCUGCCGCUCCUCCUUGUGGUGGUGCUGGUGCAGGUGCAGGUGGAGGCGCUCGCCGCCGUGGGCACGUCGUCGCUCGACUACCUUGGCGGUAAUACCAAGGCCAACAGCAAGCAGCAGCAGCAGCAGCAGCAGGAGAGGCAGCCAUUUCUGAAGCGCGAGGACGAGUUCUUCGCGACGGUGGCCAAGAAGCUAGGGCUGCGCUCCUUCACCGGCGGGCGAGGAACCUACAAGUCGAUGGCCAAGGAGUUCCUGGACGCGCACAACCGCGUGCGCGCCAAGUACGGCGUGCCCCCGCUGCGGUGGAGCAACAAGCUGGCCCGUUACGCGCGGCGGUGGUCGGCGGCGCGGCGGUACGACUGCGUGAUGAUGCACUCGCCGGCGCCGCCCUACGGCGAGAACGUGUACGAGGGAAGCGGGUGGGACUGGCACGCCGUGGACGCCGUGUCGGACUGGGCCAGCGAGGCCUCCUUCUACGACUGGCGGGCCCAGGCCUGCCACCCGGGCCAGGAGUGCGGCCACUUCAAGCAGCUCGUGUGGAGGACCACCAAGUACGUCGGCUGCGGACGGGCCGAGUGCUACAACGGACACUCCUUCUUCACAUGCUCCUACGACCCAGCCGGAAACUACAAGGGAGAGGAGCCACUCACCUAAAUUACCUUUUUUUCUUAUCUACAAUCUGAUAUAUAAUAUAAUGGAUCUGGUCUACACAAACAUUUUAAUUUCGUUUCAACUCUUAUUAGCAAUAUACUUACUUCUCUAAUUAAUAUAUCAAUCAAUUUGGGCCCAACAAACAUA